AUGGUUCGCCUCAAGGUUUUCGCCGCUUCUGCGGUCCUCUCGUUUGGAUCUGUCUCGUUCGCUGCCCCUACGGCCGGGGAACACAGCAUCCCAACCCCAAUCGACUUUGAGCAGCCUAUCGGCUUUGACCCUACCUUCGCCUCCUUCCCAAAGGCGGCAAACGUCGAAAAAGUCAUCCCGAAGAUUGUCACUCUCAGUCUUUCUGGACAGCAAAGCAACUUCACAGACUUUCCCCCUUCAGAGGCCGGUCCCCCUGAGUCCACCAAGCGAGCUAUCCUCGGCGGAGUCGACAACCGAGUUCUGUGGCCAAACCGAGACUACCCAUACCGAGCCAUGGGGAGAAUCCAGUUCUCCAAUGGCGGAUGGUGCAGUGGUGCUCUCAUUGGCUCCCGACACGUAGUCACGGCCCGUCACUGUAUCCCCGCCGAAGGUGUCAGCGCGCGUUUUCAGCCGGCGUUCUACGACGGCGAGGUCCUGGGUGGCUACGACGUUACCGUCAUCUUCCGUCCCAACUACGGCCAGGAAGGCUGGUGCGCCAACGCCUUCGAUUGGGCCAUUUUCGUCCUUGGCGAGAAGGCCGGACAGGUCAACGGCUGGCUUGGGCUCAAGACGGUGAAUCCCGACAACCAACUCAACCGCGCCAUGUUCUUCCACUACGGAUACCCGCAAGACAAGGGCGGACGACAGCCAUACCGACAGGAAGCCAUUACGGCCUCGGCGGCCACAUACUGUGACAGAGGGUCUCCAGUUGUGGUCGAUGCCGAUGUUAUCGGCGGCCAGUCCGGCGGCCCCUUCUGGAUCAACGAGAAUGGCGAAAGGUACUUGUAUGGCGUUGUGGUUGGAGGCUCUGACGAGCUCAGUGUGGUUGCUGGAGGCCCCUCCUUGCUGGAGGGAUACGGCAUAUUGUUGAAGGACUAUCCCAACUAA